AUGGAUGUACCAGUGAAGACAGAAUCGGAAUCCACAACAGUUUUGCUCAAUCAGGCUCACGAAAUGCCCACGGUGAAUGAUUGCAUUGUUUACACUCGAGUCAAAAGGUCUCUCAAUUCGUGCAAUGGUUUUUCCGAGGAUGAGGAUGUUGAUUGCAAGAGAUUCAGGAAAGAUACAGAAACAUCUAUUGUAUUGGAGGAUGUAUUGGAGAAUGGAGUCGACUGUUGCACGGAAAAUAGGGACGGCGGCGAGUGUGGUGAUGGUUUGAAGAGUGAGUUUCGAGAGGCUGCCGCCUUUAAACGGAUUACUAGAUCGGCUAUGAAAGCGGAAGCUGAGUCCAGUAAGGCGCGGGAAAGGAGUUUCAAGCGGAUUACACGUGCUAUGAAAGCGAAAGUUGAGUCUGAUGAGAAGACUGCCCAUGUGUUAGGACAGAGAGGUGCUGUCGGUGUAAGAGGUAAAGGUAAAAGCGAUGGUAUGGUGACAGGGAGAAAUUUGAAGCUGUGUACAGGUUCAGCAAUGAAAGAAAAUGCCGUCUCCUUUGAUGUGACGGUAGUAGAACAACAAGGUGCUGCAGUUGUAAGUGUUAAAGGCGAUGUCGAGGUGCCAGUGAGAAAUUUGAAGCGGCUUACACGUUCAACAAUGAAAGAAAAGGGAGAAAAGGGUGAGUCCUGUGAAGAGAUGAUAGAACAACAUGGUGCUGCAGUUGUAAGUGCUAAAGGCGAUGUUGUGGUGCUAGGGAGAAAUUUGAAGCGGUUUACACGUUCAGCAAUGAAAGAAAAGGCCGAGUCCUGUGAAGAGACGUUGACGGUAGUAGAACAGCAAGAUGCUGCAGUUGCAAAGGCUAAAGGCGAUGUUGCGGUGCCAGUGAGAAAUUUGAAGCGGAUUACAUGUUCAGCAAUGGAAGAAAAUGCUGAGUCUUGUGAAGAGACGUUGAAUGUGGUAGAACAAGGUGCUGCAGUUGUAAGUGGUAAAGGCAAUGGUAAGGUGGGGAUGGUCAAGCGGUUUACACGAUCGGCGGUGAAAGCAAAUCCUGAGUCUGGUGAGGAGACAGUGACUGAGUUAGAACAACAGGUUGCUGCCGUUGCAAGUGGUGAAGGAUCAGUCAGGAUGUUCAAGCGGAUUACACGAUCGGCUUCCAUGAAAGCAAAUCCUGAGUCCGGUGAGGAGAUAGUGACUGAGUUAGAACAGCAGGGUGCCACUGUUGCAAGUGGCGAAGGUUCAGGGAGGAUGUUCAAGCGGAUUACACGAUCGGCUUCCAUGAAAGCAAAUCCUGAGUCAGGUGAGGAGAUAGUGACUGAGUUUGAACAGCAGGGUGCUGCCGUUGCAAGUGGUGAAGGUUCAGUGAGGAUGUUCAAGCAGAUUACACGAUCGGCUUCCAUGAAAGCAGAUCCUGAGUCCCGUGAGGAAACGGUGACUAAGUUAAAACAAAAAAGGGCCGCCGUUGUGGAUAAUAUCAAUGGUGUGUUAGCUGCCCCGAGAAACAAGAUGGAGUUGAAGAUGUCGAAGAAGAUUGUGGUUGAUAAGAAGCCUACAACGGUCAAAGAGCUCUUCCAUACUGGAUUACUUGAUGGCGCCUCCGUGGUUUACAUCAGCGGCCUUAAGAAGGCUCCAGGAUUAAGGGGUGUUAUAAGUAAUGGGGGAAUAUUGUGCUCGUGCAGUCUGUGUAAAGGAAGCAGGGUUAUUCCACCUUCCCAAUUUGUGAUCCAUGCUUGCAAACAAUAUAAGAGACCAGUAGAGUAUAUAUGCCUUGAAAAUGGGAAGAGCCUGCAUGAUCUGUUGACAGCAUGCAGGAGAGCUCCCCUGCAUGAUUUGGAGGCAACAAUUCAAAAUUUUGUUCACUCUCCACCCGAGGAAAAAUAUUUUACUUGUAAAAGGUGCAAAGGAUGUUUCCCUUCUUCAUGCAUGGAGAGAGUGGGACCUAUAUGCUGUUCUUGUGUAGAAUCAUCUAAACCUGAAGAAAGUUCGAAGAAUGUAGUUGGCAACAGAAUCAGGUCCCCUAGGCCAGUGUUGGUCUCCAAGUCAUCCCGUGCUUCUGAGCUGUCAAUUUCUUCAAAAAGUAAGAGACAUGGGAAGAAAAGAACAAAGUCAUCGAAAAGGGACAACAGCUCAAGCUCUUCCAAGAGUGCUUCUGUGCCUAUUCUACCCUGGAAGAAAAUUACUCCGGAGAUCAAAAAGAAGUCACUGUCCGUAAAGUUGAAGACCACUUCAAAUUGUUUAUCUACACAAAAUAAGAGUCAAUCGAAGAUAACUAAGAAGGAUUUUCGGUUGCACAGGUUAGUUUUUGAGGAAAAUGGAUUGCCUGAUGGAACUGAAGUAGCUUAUUAUGCAGGCGGACAGAAAUUGCUUGAAGGUUUCAAAAUGGGCUCUGGAAUUAUGUGUAGAUGUUGCAACACUGAGAUCAGCCCGUCACAGUUUGAGGUCCAUGCAGGCUGGGCUUCUCGCAAGAAACCUUAUGCAUACAUUUACACAUCAAAUGGGGUGUCUCUUCAUGAAUUAUCAAUAUCUCUCUCCAAGGACCGAAAAUACUCUGCAAAUGACAAUGAUGAUUUAUGCGUUGUUUGUUGGGAUGGUGGAAAUCUGUUGCUUUGUGAUGGUUGCCCAAGAGCAUUUCAUAAAGAAUGUGCAUCUAUAUCAAGUAUUCCACGUGGUGACUGGUACUGUCAAUUUUGCCAAAACAUGUUCCAGAGGGAGAAGUUUGUCGCAUACAAUAACAAUGCUUUUGCUGCUGGAAGAGUUGAAGGAGUUGAUCCUAUUGAGCAAAUCACCAAGAGAUGCAUUCGCAUAGUCAAAGACUUCGAUGCUGAGCUUAGUGGGUGUACUUUAUGCAGGGGUGUUGAUUUCAGCAGGACUGGCUUUGGUCCACGUACAAUAAUAUUGUGUGAUCAGUGUGAAAAGGAGUAUCAUGUUGGCUGUUUGAGGGAUCACAAGAUGGCAUUUCUAAAGGAAUUGCCAAAAGGUAACUGGCUUUGUUGCAACGAUUGCAAGAGAAUACAUUCUACUUUGCGGAAUGUUUUAGUUAGAGGGGCUGAGAGACUCCCUCAAUCUCUCUUGGCUCUGAUAAUGAAGAAGCAAGGAGAAAAAGGAUUGGAUCCCAUCAAUGAUGAUAUUAAUGUGAGUUGGAGGCUUCUUAGUGGAAAAAACGCUUCUCCUGAAACUAGACCAUUGCUUUUGGAGGCUGUCUCUAUCUUCCAUCAAUGCUUUGAUCCUAUAGUUGAUGCAGCCAGUGGACGUGACCUUAUUCGAGCAAUGGUUUAUGGAAAGAGUGUGCGGGGUCAAGAGUUUGGAGGAAUGCAUUGUGCAUUACUAAUAGUCAAUUCUUCUGUGGUAUCUGCGGGCAUGCUUCGAAUCUUCGGCACUGAUAUUGCUGAACUUCCUUUAGUUGCAACAAGUAACAGCCAUCAUGGGAAGGGCUACUUCCAAACACUCUUCUCCUGCAUUGAAAGGCUACUGGCUUUCAUGAAAGUAAAGAACAUUGUACUUCCAGCGGCGGAUGAAGCACAGUCCAUAUGGACAGAUAAAUUUGGGUUUAGCAAGAUUAAACCAGACCAGCUUACCAGCUACAGAAGGAACUGCAAUCAAUUUGUGAACUUCAAAGGGACAAAUAUGCUUCAUAAAAUGGUGCCUCCAUGUCGAAUCAUCAAUAAGAAUCCCCCACAAAUUUUUAUCGAGAAAAAGUCAAUCACGAAAGCGGAAACCUCCUAG